CCCGCUUCCGGGGGCGGCGGUGACGCGCUCGGGCCGCGUUCGGCCGUGGGGACGGGCGGGACAUGGGAGCUUAAAGGGGCGGUCCGGUCCGGUCCGGUCCAGCGAAAGGGAGCGGCGGUCGCGGUGCUGGUAGGGGGAAAGUUCUCUUUAACGUGAUUCUUACAAGUAAUAUUUCCUCAUCAUGGAUGAGCUAUCACCUGAAGAAAUUCAGCUGAGGGCCAACCAGGUCACUGAUGAGUCUUUGGAAAGCACAAGGAGGAUUCUUGGCUUGGCCAUUGAGUCCCAGGAUGUUGGCAUCAAAACUAUUACCAUGCUGGAUGAACAAGGAGAACAACUAAAUCGAAUAGAAGAAGGCAUGGACCAGAUAAAUAAGGACAUGAGAGAAGCUGAGAAGACACUGACAGAGCUCAACAAAUGUUGUGGUCUCUGUGUCUGUCCUUGUAACAGGACAAAGAACUUCGAGGCCAGCAAAGCGUACAGAUCAACCUGGGGAGAUGGAACGGAAAACUCUGCAGAUCAGGUGAUAUCUAUGCAACCAAGAAGUCUAAAUCGGCAGCAGCCUCAGACUUCUGGAGGACCAAGUGGUGGAUAUAUUACAAGGAUAACAAAUGAUGCCAGAGAAGAUGAAAUGGAUGAAAAUCUUGCUCAAGUUGGAAACAUUCUUGGGAAUUUGAAAAACAUGGCCUUGGAUAUGGGCAAUGAGAUUGAUGCCCAGAAYAAGCAAAUAGACCGGAUAAAUGUUAAGGCUGAUACAAACAGGGAACGCAUUGAGCAAGCCAACAUCAGAGCCAAGAAACUAAUUGACAAUUAAAGCCUGCUUUCAAUGUUCAAUGACAGCUUCUCCAGCUGCAAGCCACCAUAUUCCUGGAUCUGUGAAACUUCUAAAAUAAGAGGGGCUGGGAAAAAUGAAGCAGUACCCCUUUUGUAGGGAUUAGUUUUCUUUUAUUGCUUCAUGUAAACAUGGCCUUGACUCUAAGAAAGCAGCCAACUUUYCUUCUACUCAUCUGCCUUCACUUUCUUUAAACUGCUCAGGGCUAAAAGUGUUUGGGCUUUGAGAAUCUUCUUGCAUGUUUUAUUCCUUUUCCCAGUUUCUUUUUAUUACUUUUUUUUACAUUUUAUUUUCCUGCACCGAAAAUUCAGUCCUUUGUUGAAGCUGGACAAGCAGGGUAACCUGAAUUCAUAGUUGUGGAAAGUUGGAGAGGGCACUUUGCACUGUUUGAAAUACCUCAUAAGUUGAGUGUCUUCACUAAAAUAGGGACUAGGUGAACGUUGUCUGAUUUGUAUCUCUAGCACCUAACCAUAGUUUUCCAAUCCAAACCACAUGAUUGGUUUGUAGUUGAAUUUGUGGAUCACAGAAUUGAAGAGGCCCAUUACUUACAACUUACAGYUUGUGGGUUGAGGGCUUUAAGACACUUCCUAACCACGUGAACUUUAAGGUAAUGGUAAUCGGAGGGAUAUACAGGUUUCCAUUUCUUUACUGUAAACAUUGGUUUGGAGGCCAUGACUAAUCAUGCUGCAUUGUUAUGAUAAUAUUGUGUGURUAUAUAUAUCUGAUAUGAACCCCAUGCACACAUGAGUGGAAGAAAAUAAAACUAUCUCCCCGAAGUAUUUAUUUGAUGGAAAAUUUUACACCCCUCAUCUAAAASUUAACUUCUAAGUGUUUGAAUGAUGCAUCUGAACUGGAAAAAACUGAGUAGAAAAGCAUGCAAUUUGCUUGCAUCCCAUAUCUUAUUCUCAUUUGGCCAGUUUUCACUGGAGUUCAGUUUAUGCCUUUCUCUAGUGCAAAAAAAAAUAAUGAUUGAGAUCUAGUGCAGAGUUUGUUCUCAGCAGUGACUUUGGGGGUGCUUCUUAAACCUGCCAAAACCAGAGGAGCUUAYUGUGAAACUUCUUUGUCACAAGUCUGGAGGAAGCAGUAGCUAUUUAUGAACUGCAAGCUAGUUCUAAAUAAACUAGUUCYAAUGGAUUCCUGACUGGUUUAUUAUUGCAGACUUUGGGACUGGCAGUUGGAAAUACCACAUGUCCAAGUUGCUUGCAAAUAAAGUGUUCUUACUCUGUUGCAAAAUAGAGGCGUUUCUGACGAGGUGAGGUAAAGYUUUCUCUUGUGAACAAAAAUAUUUUGGUUUUACUGUAAUAUACAAAGGUUUUCUUUAAGUCUCAAUAGUAAUUGGAAGUGACUUAGUAUACUGCAGUGUGAAGUUAAAAUAAUCUAUGCCUGUUUUAAAGUGAAAAGUUAUGCUUUGGACUAAUCUGUGAUACUCAGUAUCAGAUGGCAAGAAUCUUCAAAUUUAUUGGAGGAAUAAUUAAUAGCAUUUAGGGGGUGCUUUUUGAAGGACAGUCCACAAAUAUCCUGUAACCACUAAUAUUGAAUCCCAGAGUCAAAGAAGACAGUAAUCCACUGAAAUGCAAGAUAGUGUUUAGGUGUUGUGUUUUCUUCUUAGCAGACAUACCGUCAGUAUUACCGGUAUAUUUUUAAUACACUCCCAGGACAACUUGAUAUUUAAAGGAAAAAACCAAAACCCAUCAACAACACGCACAAAAAACCCCAACAAAAACCCAACCAAACACAAAACCCCCCAAACAACUGACCAAAGGAUGGGGUAGCUGCAUGUAAUAAAUAGGCCAGUGGCAAUUUGCCUUAUGUGAGUAAGGUAAAGUCAUUUUUAGGAGAUUAGAUACUUGAGUAGUAUCUAAUGAGUAAUCUUGAGUAGUGGGUUGGCUCCUGUCUAGCUUCUGGUAAUUGUUGGAAUGCUAAUGAAUUUCAAAAGCUCACUCACUACCCAAUCAGUAAAUGAAGAUUCUGUACUUAAAAACAGAAGUAGCGAAGAAGUACUUUUAAGAACAUUGCMUAGUAAACUUUGAACAGCCACCUGCAUAGGGAAUUUGUAUGCCCYUUUUUUCCUUCUUAAAAACUUCAGCUGAACUGGAGGAGUAUUUGCUGCUAGUUGUGAAAGCAAAGCACAUGUUAUUUAAUUAUGACUGUCUCCUGGAACAGAAGACUGAAGUGGUUACCUUAUUCUGCUUACACAGUGCAAGCCUGCUCUUUGAGGGAGUUGGUGCCUUUGUGUUAGUCAAAAACAGUUUGCUUCUUGGAUGUCUCACUGUUGUCCAUAGAAUAGAUGCUUAAUUUUCAUAUCUAUGGUAUGAAAUCAACACUUGUACAUCUUUGUAUGUCUGAAUGCUAUUAAGAAUGAAGGUUUACAAUUUCUGCWUUUGAUUGUUAAACUAUAUAUUGUGCACAAAAAAUACAUACUUUUAUAAUUGAA